CACGUUUGGAGAGAGUCCUUGGUUUUCCUAGAGUGACUUCCAUUCACUGACAUAAUGUUCCUGAACUGAAGAGGCUUGAGUUCAUUUCCACAAUUGUAUCCUGCGCUCUCAGGCACACCCAGAUGUACGCGGUCUUCUUGAGGUUUCUUUGUGAAUGCCCAGACUUCAGGCCGUCCUGCUAUCCCCUGCUCUACCUGGGUGGAAAAUGUUAACCAGUGAAAGAGCCCAUUUUUGGUCAGGAGGUGCUCCACGAAGUAGGUCUGCAGGAAAUUUGAUUGACAUGGAAGCCCCAAAACCCUCCAAAAAGUGCAAUAUCACAGAAUGUCCAGACCCAAGCUUGCUUCUCAGCUGGCCAGAUGCUUUCACACUGCAUGGCAAUAAUGUUUCCAAAGCUACAAAUCCAUUCUGGAAUGAACUGUCUGCUUCUAACCCAUUUUUGGAUGAUAUAACUCAGCUAAGAAAUAACCAGAAGAAAGGUAAUAUUUCCAUCUUGAAGGAAGAUCCUUUUCUUUUUUUUAGAGAAAUAGAACCUGGAAAUUCUGUAGAUUCCUCUGGAGAUGAACUUACUGUGCACCAAUUGCUUAGGCAGUCUUCCUCGAGGAAAUCAGCAAGAUCUAAAAGUGUUUCAGAACUUUUGGACAUUUUAGAUGACACAGUGCACGCCCGUCAGAAUAUACAGAACUCUGACCAGAUCCUAGAACAAGAUUUGGAAUGGCUUCAGAAUGAUCGAGAGGCUUAUAAAAUGGCUUGGUUAAGUCAACGCCAGCUGGCCCGCUCCUGCCUGGAUUUGAACACAAUCAGUCAGAGCCCGGGAUGGGCACAAACGCAAGUUGCAGAGACUGUCGUCGUUUGUCAAUUAAACCACCAAGGAGGGUCAGUACAGUUACCUGAAUCAGAUAUCACUGUUCACGUGCCCCACGGUCAUGUAGCUGUGGGAGAAUUCCAGGAAGUAUCCCUAAGGGUUUUUCUUGAUCCUCCACAAAUGCUUAACCAUGAUCAUUUAUGCACUGUAAGCCCACUGUUGGAAAUCAUGUUAGGCAACCUUAACACAAUGGAAGCCAUUUUGCUGGAGAUGAAAAUCGGCGCUGAAGUGAGAAAGGAUCCUUUCAGCCAAGUCAUGACAGAAAUGGUGUGUUUACACAGCCUGAGUAAAGAAGGCCCUUUCAAAGUGCUGAACAGCUGCUACAUUUAUAAAGACACCAUCCAAGUCAAGCUAAUAGAUUUGAGUCAGGUGAUGUAUCUAGUGGUUGCUGCGCAAGCUAAAGCUACUCAGUCACCAGCUGUCACUAUUUGGGAUUAUAUCCACAAAACCACCUCGGUUGGAAUUUAUGGGCCCAAACAUAUCCAUCCCCGUUUCACUACUGUUUUCACAGUUUGCGGACACAGUUAUUUGCCAGGAAAGCUGACAAUCUCUGAUAUUAGGAAGGGUAGAAAAAACACAUCUCCAGUUGUGUUUCAGCUCUGGGGGAAGCAUUCAUUCUUACUCGACAAGCCACAAGAUUUAAAUAUUUCUGUUUUUUCGUGUGAUCCUGAUUUUGAAGUACAGGCAGGAGGAGAAAAAGGAAUUAAACAAAAGCAGUUGCAAGCAAGUCAAGUAGUUCAUCACCAAUUUUUAUUUUCUUUGGUUGGCUCCAGAGAAAUGCACGUGUUUGUUUUCCGUGUUCAGCUGGAGCCUGCCGGUGGCAGGCCGGUUGCACAGUUCUGUAUCACUACGCCUGACCCAGCUCCAAACCUAAAGAGACGCUCAAAUCUGCCAGGUGGUUUGCAGAAGGGGAAGGAAAUCAAGUCUGCUCCUUCAUUACCAACAGUGCAUGUUAAAUAUCCCACCUUUCAAGACAAAAAGUUGAACUUUACCAAUUAUGGAGUAACUCUGAAGACGGUGCUAAGAAAAAAGAAGAUUGACUACUUACUUGAAUAUUUCAAAGGAGACACAAUAGCUCUCCUUGGAGAAGGUAAGGUCAAAGCCAUUGGACAGUCCAAAGUGAAAGAAUGGUAUGUGGCAGUCUUGAGAGGUAAGAUUGGACUUGUACAUUGCAGAAAUGUCAAGGUGAUUGCAAAGGAACAAGUAAUGCCAGUGACAGAUAGUGUCUUCACUACAAGGAGCCUCCUUGAACAAAUUGUCCUGCCCUUUAAGAAACUGACUUAUAUCUACUCAGUUGUAUUGACCUUGGUGUCAGAAAAAGUUAAUGAUUGGAAAGCUUUAGCUGAUGUCCUGGGUUACUCACAUACGGCACUGGAAGAUUUUGAUCGAACACAAGCAGACAAAGAAUCAGAAAAAGUUUCUUACCUUUUAAAGAAGUUAAAGGAAGAUUGCCAUGCAGACAGGAAUGCCAGAAGGUUUCUUUAUGAGCUUGUCGUGGCUCUGCUCAAGAUGGAUCGCCAAGGGUUGGUGGCUCACAUCAUCCAAGAGGCCACUAUCCUGACUUCAGCUGUCAAGCUGGGCAAGGGCUGGAGGGAACUAGCUCCAAAAUUAGCACGACUCACAAAGAAACAAAUGGAAGCAUAUGAAGUUCCUCACCGAGGAAAAGCUGGGCAUGUCGCUGUUGAGAUGAUGUGGAAGCCGGCCUACGAUUUUCUCUACACUUGGGGAGCUCACUGCGGAAACAGCUGCCGAGACGUGUUACAAGACCUCCAGUCGGCGUUAGACAGAAUGAAAAACCCUGUGACCAAACAAUGGCGAGACUUAACCGGAGCUUUAAUACUAGUGCAUUCUUUAGAGCUUUUAAGAGCAACUGCAUUCUCCACUUCUGAGGAAGUAUAGAAAUGAAGGGCAAAUCACAGAUUCCUGAGAAAGGAUAGGCCUCCCAGCCCCACAGAAUGAGCAGAACUGUGGGAGAUGGCACACCUAGAGAGCUGCGACUCGCAUCGCUGUCCUUUUACCUCAGGCAAGAUAUGUCAUCAAACUUCGCUUCCUAGAAGUAAUGAAAACUAUUGGUGUAGAUAAUACAUGCUUGUAGAUAAUUUCCCUUGGGUUUUCUUUGUUGUCACUAUGGAAUCUCAGUGCUGCCGAUAAAGACAGUCUAAGAACAGCCUGGGUGCCCUGGGUGAGGGCUCUGACAUAAAUCCGAACAUAAACAAAUUAUUAAUUUGUUUAUGUUCUAGUGAACAAUGAGAUGACCGGGAUUAUCGUCUGUUGGGGAGAAAACUAAAUAAUGGACGGCCUAGAUCACCCAACAAGCACACGGAGCAAAUCUAGGGAAUUUGUCCUGCAGGCUGUGGUGGGCGGGGAACACAGACAGGGUGCCCUGGCCUCGGAGGGCUGCGUGAGUUAUCCAGAACAGGGAUGUGAGAGAAGAGGCAGAAAAAUCUCCAACUGGGAACUGCAAUUUGAGAGGGAAGCUGAACAAGCCUUCCCAGAUUGUCAUUUUUUAGAGUUUCUUCAGUGCAAUUAGGGUAAGCAACAUUUCCCAAUUUGCCUGGACUUAGGGGUUUCCUGAGACUUGGAAAUUUCGUUGCUGAAACCAGGAAAGUCCCAGGCACACUGAGACAGUCAGUCAUCCCAGGUACCAAACACUGAAAGCCACUGUUAACAAUAAAAGUGGCCGCUGGGAAGGAUCACACUUUAAAUCGUCAACAGGCUUUCUGCCCCAGAGCCCAAAUAAUCACAUUCGUUAAACCAGUGUUAGCGAAGGGACAUGGGAUAUUUUUAUAGGUGAAGGGAGUCGUGAAAAGUACCAAGAAUGUGUCACUGACUUGGAGACAGAGUGUUUUGAGAAAAGGGCAAAACUUAAAGUGAGUACAAGGUGCAACAAUUGAUAGGGAGAGAUACCAAGAACAAACCUCACUAAUUAAAAUUUUGGCUGAGGACCAAACCUGAUAAAGCUCACACUGCUCUUUGGACCGUCUUUGCACAGAUAUUUGUGAGUUUGUUACUCAGUUACAAAACACUGAAUUAUUAACUUAAUUCAGUAAAAAAAAUAACCCAGUUGUCAAAUCAAUUUGCAACUUUACUGGCCACUUAUGGAAAAAAAUAUUUGUCAAAUAUUAAUUUGGUUUACAAAGACCAGUGUUAGAAAUAUUCACCUGCACAUUCAAUUUAAAACAUGGAGAAGGUGUGAAAAUAUUUGCAGUGUCUAACUUUGUGAUCUUUGAAAAGCAUCCUUGGAAAAAUUCUCAGGAUUCCCUAGAACAUGAUAGUGACUUAACUAUUAGGACUUAAGGAACACUAAAUUAUGCCAAGUCAAGCACCCUAUGAUGUGUGAGCAAUGAUCCAAAUAAAUUUCAAUGGAAAGUCAUUGUUUUAAUUAU